AUGAUAAUAAAUCCCCUUGAGGCAACAUACUAAUCAAAAUAGGGGCUCUCCUCUCCUUUAAAUCCUUCUCAUCAUUUUAUGGCCUCAACUUAAAAUUUUGGAUCAAUAAACUAGGCCAGCCAAAAAAUAGUGCUCGUAGAAAAGACUUCAUAAUAGCAGUCGUCAAUGGUAUUCUAAGAGCCAUUCAAGCCACAAUUAAAAGUUUUAGAUUAAUUUCACAGAAGUAUGGAGCGAAAGAGAAGAUUUCACUAUAAUCAUCUCAAGUAAAAAUCAACCUUUGGUGGGCUUGCCAAUGGUCUGAUGUUUGGAGAGCAUUUAGUAAAGGAAUAGUCAUUACAACCAGCUUUAAAGACAAAUAUCAUAGAUGCUAAACCUUCCUAUUACCAGACAUACAGUCAAUUAAACAAUUAGGGAAUUAAAAAAACAGUAACCACUAAAUUUAAAAAGUCUAAUCAGCAACAUUAAUAGUAUUUGUAGCAAAUGCAGUAACCUAUAGAACAGUCUAAAAUAGAUAUACCUAGUAUAGGUACGUUACACUAAAAUCAUAGACUCAUCAGAGAGAAUGUCUACGAAGAAAAAUGA